ACCUGCGGCCGGGGUCGGACCCGCAGCGACUCAUCGACGCCGCCCACACCGUCUUCGAGUGCUUCCUGCUGCUCGACUUCACGCCCUCGCUGUGGCGCUACGUCAGCACGCCCGCCUGGCGCCGCUUCGUCCGAGCCAUGGACACCUUCACCGAGUGACUCUCCCAUUCCUUUACGAACCAUAUUUUAUGCAAUAUUUUACCAACAACGGAAAUUUUUUUAAUGUAUUACAGCAUUAUAAAUGGCAUUAGGGAAGCAAUCGUUCUUAAAUGACAUCUUAUGGCAAAUAUUACGUAAUUGAUGUUUAUGACACGAAUAAUUGCGUCAUUACACAUUCAGCCAAUCGCAGUGAGAGAAUCGUGGGGGGGGGGUAUUACACCGAACAGCUGACGAGCGAAUUUUGUGCACAGUUGUUAAAUACCCGUGACGUCAAAAUAAAUACUUUUCCAAAAGUUAACUUUGAGUCUCUUAUAAAUUUAUAGUGCUGUGAUACAAAAAAAUAAUGUAUGCAAUUCGUUUAUAAUGUUCUUUAUUGCACUGAUGCAAAUUAGAAAACUCAUUUGUUUUCGAAACAUGUUCUCGUGCAUUAAAGUAAAAUAUAAUAAACUAUUUGCAUAACUUACAUAGUUAGCAAAGUAUGACCAUUUACAUAAGGUGACUUCAUCAAAACUAUUAUAUAAGCAUAAUAAUACAUUAAUUUCACCGUUUGCAUGACACCCGUGAUGAACAGUAGCAGGCUUGCUGUUAGAAGGCCAAAACAUAGUUCACAAAUAUAUUGCUUUACUAUACUUCUCCCGUCGAUCUAUAAAAUUAGUAAUAUUUUCUAACACUCCCUGAAAUUUUCGGUGCAUUUCGACCCACCUACAGAAACAAUUUCUGAGUUAAAAAUAGUAUCUUAAUUGAAAAUUGAUGAAAUUUCAUAAAAAUAUUAAUACAGAUCUUCCAAUGUACACAAGAUAUAUUGUUGAUUAAUAUCGUUAUGAGAUUGGCCGAAGCUACAUGAUAUUAAAUUGUUUCCAUUCCAUACAUCAGUCGGUGAGGCGGCCGACUAGGUGAUUUCUGACCUAGAACUUGUUUGUGCUGUCUCUUGAGUCAGCCCAACGGCAAAGCACUCGGGCGCAAUCGGUUUUAGGCUAGUGCAAGGCGUAGUAAGCGUACCACUGCAGAUGACCAUUGUGUGCAUUCGGUCCCUAAGUAUUGCAUUUGAGCAGAAUUGGGGUAGAACAUCAAUUUGGCAUAUAUAUGGGACUCCACUUUGAGACAUUCAAUUUCACAUCGAUUACUUAAAGUGUACAAUACUUACCACAAGGUCUGAGAACGUUCAAUUUUCAAAAACUCCUCUUCCAUCAUGCGCCACUAAAAGCAAACGAGGUGUUUGGACGAUGAAUUUGAUGUAAUUAUAAUUAUCAUGAAGCAGCGAUGCAAUGAUCUCAUAUUCGACAACUCGCAAAAUACGAGCCACAAACCUGUAAUUUGAACCUUGCGUCCGCUUGCAAUAGUUGGAAAAAUCUAGUGGGCUACCCACUACACUAUAGGUUGUCCCAUUACUGUAAUAAAUACGUUGGUUUGGUCAAAUAGGAAAUUGCCUUGAAUGGCAUGUUGAGGCUCUAAGAAGUCAGUCGAAGUAACUCGUAUCAAUCGUAUUAAUCAUCGAGUAAAUCGUAUUAAUCAUUUAAUUUCGGUUUGUGAGCUAGAUUUGUAUCUCUGGAUAAACGUUUGAAACCCCGGGCUCUUGUGGAAGUAGUCGAGUACAAUUGAGCUCAUUUUAUUCUUCAAAUCAUUCCUUCAACCCAUGUGGCGACAGGCUGAAGUGGAAUGGAACAUAAAAGAAUACAAUUUUAAGCGUUCGUCAUGAAAUCUUGUUAAUAAGCAACGAUGUCAAUUAAAAUAUUGACAACAUAGCCUUGGAGAUGUUGCGUUUGCCUGACAUAAUGCUUGUAGUCAAAUUUGCUUAGCUUUUUAGAAUCCCUAGAACCAAACAUUAUUGUUUGUGAGCUAAUAAACUGAUUGCUUAUAUAGCAUGUUGAUGUCAAUUAAGAACGCAUUUUUCCAAGUUUCUCAGUUAAAAAAUUCUAAUAAUAAAAUAAUUUACUAAAAUAACUUCUCUUCUUAAUAAUUUAUUAAUCACUUAAUUUAAUAAACGUGUUUUCACUAACUUACACAAUGUACAAAAUCUAUCUUCCUGCGUUAUGUAUUUUUCUUUGUCAAAAUGAAAACAUGGAAAUGAUUGAUUGCAGUAUAGCGGAAAAAUACAUCCAAAUUGCAACUCAGCGAAUAAAGCAGCGUUCUUCUGAUGGCGAAGGGAGUAUUUUGGAGCGCCUACUCAUUGCUGAGGGCCCCGAAGUCGCCAACCUUAUGGCGACCGACAUGCUUUUUGGAGGAGUGGACACGACAUCAAAUUUAGCUGCAUCACUUCUCUUUUACAUAGCGACGAACCCUAUUCCACAAGAAAAACUCGCUAAGGAACUUGAAAUGGCUCUGCCCAACCCACGAGAGCCCAUCUCAGCUCAUGUGCUUGAAGGAGUUCCUUACUUGAAAGCUUGCAUCAAGGAGUCGCUAAGAAUUUUACCUAUUGUGUUUGGAAAUCGCCACUUCCCGCGCCCGCUGUCCUUCGAGCCCGAGCGCUGGCUGCGCGGCGGCGCGCAUGCGCACACGGCGCACCCCUUCGUCAGCCUGCCCUUCGGCUUCGGCCCGCGCACCUGCGUCGGCAGGCGAUUCGCAGAGAUGGAGGUGCAGGUGCUCCUCGCCAAG